CAGCGGAUCGCAGCUUCCCCCCCGGUAAUCAGCCUGUACCUACGGCCGCGGAGCCAUUGCUCGGCUCGGAGUCACCCUGGGCGGGGCUCACAGAGCGGGACGCUUCAGAUGGAGUGGUUGGCAGAGCUCUGGGGAGCAGCGCACAUCCAGGUCCCGCAGCCUCCUGCGCUAGUCUUUCCGUCCACAAAAUGAAGUAUCUCUCCCCGCCCGAACGUAGCUGAGGUUUGCUGUAAACUGCCUACCGUAGCUAUAAUGACACCAGCCCUCAGAGAGGCAACAACAAAAGGUCAUGGUAUCCACUUGUCACCUUCUUUGUCCUCUAGAGCUAUGGAGUCUGAUACAACUUUGUGCAUGGAAAAUUCCAGAGCAGUGGAAGAGAAGAUAAAAGAGGACUCCAUCGCACAGAUUACUUGCUCAGUCCUGGGGUUCCCCACUGCUGAGCCCAACCUCAGGAAUGAUAUCUUCAGUGUGCAGCAUUUUGGUUCCCCACCAUCCUCCAAGUGCUAUCAGUCUGUCUUGUUGAUGAGUACAAAUUCUGCAUUUAACAACAAAACUGGUAAGCAAACAAAGGCAGGAGAGCCUGGCUGCUCCAAGAUGAGAAGGUCAUUACCUAAUGGUGCUGACACAUCAUUUGGUCAUAUUAGUCAUUCAGAACCUGAGCAACAGGUCAAAGGGGCAGCGUUUUUAGAGACCACGUCUCCAAACUUGGCAGGAAUGCAGAGACUUUCAGGUUCAAGCGUAACUGAAUCCAGUAAUGCAGAAGAAAUGCAACUUUUAAAUGGUAAAUGGUACAAGAAGAAUGGGGUUUUGGGUAGGGCUUUGGAAGUCUGCACUGAAACAAUAAAAGGGGAUUUAUUGCACCAAAUUCUUCACGGGCCUUCAGAAGGGAUUUUGAGCUGCACCCAGGAGGAGGUGUAUGCUCGCUUACUCCAGUGUGUCACUAAGCAACAAAUGGAAAUCAGUCGAGCCAAAAGAACUCAGAAGCGUUUACAAAUGCUCCUGGCAAAGCAUGUUAUCAAACACUGUGAUCAGCAGCUGAAAUGCUUUGUGAAACAUCAGCUUCAGAGGAUGAAGGUUUUCCAUGAGCCAGCUAGAUUUUUGAGCAAUAGCUCCCUCAGAUGCACUGAAGGUUGGCCAGAAAACAGCACAACUACUUCAGAGAGUAGUUUGAGUGUGGAUGUACAGAACGGAGUUAGCGUUGCACCAGGUGAAAUCCGUGGCUUUGCACUUUCUACUGGAGGGCUGCUGUCUCGAGUGGAGAAGGACCUGGACUCUGAUGCAACAUGUAGCAGCUCGGAUGAAGAUGGCGAGGAACAGACUGUAAGAACAACUGUGGAAGCCAGCUAUACUUCUGAAUGGAAGUGGCUUGCAGACAGAGCUAGAAUUGGCAGCCGUUGGACAUGGCUUCAAGCCCAGAUUUCAGAACUAGAAUACAAAAUCCAACAACUAACUGACCUUCACAGGCAAAUACGUGCCACCAAGGGGAUGGUGGUCUUAGAAGAAUUCCCAUUUCCAAAAGACAUUUUGAAGAAGCAGAUACAAUUGACAGACCAAGAAGCUUUAUUGAACGCCACAGGGAAUUCGCAAGCUGCCAUUGAGAGACAGGAUUCUUUGCCGGAGCACGACUUUGAAAUGUCACCCAGCAGUCCUACUCUGCUGUUAAGAAACAUAGAAAAACAGAGCGCUCAACUAAGUGAAAUCAUCAGCAGCCUAAUUGCUCCACUCAAUCUGUCUCCAGCCUCUUCAUCUCUUUCAUCCAAGACCUGUAGACACAGACAGCUGGUCAAUGGCAUCUCCUUCAGAGCUUCAGACAAUAGAGAGGUAUCCUCUUCAAGCAGCUGGCUGCUUGACCAUCAGCACAUCAAGAAAAGAAGAAGAGACAGGACAAGACUCAGAUCUGUCUCUGUGAAUAAUGUGAGCACAUCUGCCCGAACAAGGCCACUUCACAGUUUCCAGAAGAGGAAACUCUACAGAAUGCACAGUGCCUGUCACUGGAAUCAGCAGACCUUCCCAUCGAGAGAUGCCUCCUUUCCAUAUAAAACUCAGUUGCCAUGUGUGGUGCCAGCCUCCACUUUCAGCAGCAGUGAGUACAGCACAGAAUCUAAAAUCCUAGAUUAUGUGCAAGAGCUGGACUCUUCCUUCCAUCCAGUCUUAUCAUUUCCUUCAGAUGUUCCUCUUCACAUAUACUUUGAAACAUUAUUGAGGAGGGAUGACAUCAAAGGAGAACCUGCUGAUACCUCAUCUUUAGGAGGGGAGUUUAAAGUAUCUGCUGACAAUGACUAUUAUCCACAUGUUUCUGUCAAACAAUGGAGCAGUGGCUGUUUGUCUAAUUCCAAAUCUCAGUUGGUGUUAGGAACGCCUGACCAGCUGUCAGAAGGAAGAAAGAAAAGGCAUCUAAGUGAGACAGCAGUAGGCGAAAGUAGCUCUCAGUUUGAGACAUUCUCCUUCCAACAUGCAGAGCCCGAGUCCCACAGCAGCUUUACUCCCACGAGCAGUGGCAGUGCCAUGUCUCGGCCCACCCACAGCACUUCAUCACAGCAUAACUCCAGGAGGAGGUUGAGAAGUGAGAGCUCCUAUGAUAUAGACAACAUUGUUAUUCCCAUGUCACUGGUGGCACCAUCAAAGUUGGAGAAACUACAGUACAAAGAAAUCCUUACUCCAAGCUGGAGAGUUGUUGAACUUCAACCUUUAGAAAAAUCUCAAACAGAUGAAGAAGAGGUGGAAGACCUGUCAGACAAAGCUUUUUCCUUGCGCCACGCCAAGUACGAAGAACGAGAGCGUGCGAGGUGGUCGCUGUGGGAGCAGAGCCACUGGCCCAGGAGGAACAGCAGGUCUUACAGCAAAAAUGCUGAUGGUCGACACAGCCAGGACUCAGUGCAGAAGGAUCAUUGCACUGCUGACCCUGCUCCUGACCCAGCUUCAGAAGCACACAGCUCUGUUUGUGCAGGGAUGGCACCACUCUGCAGGGAGAGCCAGGAAGAGAAGUCUGGGCUGUGGGAACUUCGAGUUUUUCCACUAAAAGAUGAAGAGGUAGAAGCUUUACUGUGCCAAGAUCAAGUAACGAAUCAGACUGAAAUGUCAAGUGCAACUUUCCCCAGCAACUCUCCCUGCACUCCAGGCACACCCACUGCUUUGCCAGACAAUGGCUAUCCACCAAGAAAACAAUCUACCCAAGAGUCAGAAGACUGCAAAAGCACUUGCCUGGGAAGCAACAGUACAAGGAAACAAAGGUGACAGGGAAUAAUGUGGUUCAUUAAGAAAGCCAAUUAAGGUGGAGAGAAGUGUAAGGUAAAAUCUCUCGUUCACACAGCAUAUGACAGCACAAUUCAAAUCCUUUAUGUUAGCUGCAUAUAAUAUAUUUUCUUUCUUGCUUUGUAACAGGCAGGAUAAAUCCCAAAGACAACACUUUCUUCUUCCUGAACCCCAAGAGAAAGUAAUUAUUUCAAGCUGGAAGUCUAAUAUUCCCAAUGUCGGGAGUGGGCGCACAUAAAUUGCUGGCACCAUUCACUUUCUGUUGUCAUAUUGCCACAUUUGUCAAUAAUCAUCCUUUUUUGUUUGUUUGUUUUCAAAUGCAUAUCUGGUUCUAGUGGACUCUGGUGCAGCAGGAGAUGCUGUCAACCUUAUCCAACAACUUCAACUGAACACAGAAAAACUACUUGAAAAUAGUGGGGAUAAGUGUUAGCCUCAGAUUAUUUUCCUGUGUGGCAUGACCAUGGGGCAAAAAACUGUCUCUCUAACUGCAUGUGUAAGGUAAGGCUAGGUGAGAACCAGCAGUUCAAACCAAGGGAUCUGGAAGCCUUGCAUUUAUCUUAAGUCAUGUAGUCAGCCCUCAGUAGUGCUAGGGCAUGUUUCAUAUUGAAGUCCUCAAGCAAUAAUGUAGAAGUAGCCCACUGCAUUGCCAUAGUCAAUGUAUCUGACACUCAGAAAGCAGGGUCUCUACUUCAGGCCUGUGGGGAGGGAGAGACAGGAGGAAAGAGGGGUCGAGCCAAAUCAGUGACACAGCCCAUGGAAUGUUGUGGUUUGGAUCAUCUUACUUCCUUAGUCCUUCAGUAGCUAAUGAGGCUCAUAAUACUUUGCUUUAAUAUGGUAAAGUCUUGUUCCAAUUUCUGUACAGUGCCUUUUAAGAGUCUCGUAAUUAUGCCAACAUUUGGUGACUAGCUGGAAAGGAAAAGAUGAUUAAUGUCUUGAAGAGCAAUAAAAAAAAAAGCCCCAAAGCUUUCCAUUGUGAUUCUGGGUAGAUUUUGCAUUUCCCAAUGCAUUCACAGUGAGAAAACAAAGGCAAGUUGUUUAAACUUGCAUCUAAAUAGCAUAGCUUGGAAUGUAUCUGCAAUCCCAAAAGGUAUUAACAAAGAUUAAACAUUGAAUGUAGGUAUAAUCCAUCAACAGGCAGUUUUUCUGUGUAGGACAGUUGAAGGCAAUUUAAUAGGAGUCUCUGUUUUUUGUGCAGUUUUCUUCCAUGUGUAAUAUCUGGAAUGGCACUGGACAGAUGACCCAGUUUUAGUGUCAAUUUAUUUUUUUGGUCAAAAUUACAGGAAAUACACACUGGGCAUAUGAAAACAGUUCAGUAAAGUUUCAACACUACAGCCUAUUGCUACAUUGUAGUUUAUUGCACAUUCUGAUUAUUUUUUUAAACACUUUUUUAACACUGGUUUGUCUUAAACUUGAAUCUUGCCUCAAUGUCUGAUACAAUAAUCUUUGAUGCAAGGUUGGUUUUUUAAUUAAAAGUUAUUUCUAUAUAUGUUGUAUAAAGUCUGAAUUUGAUGGCUUUUUAGAAGUGAAGUAGCAGGAAUACUUCCUCUUGGCAUAGAGCUCUGCUUGGCCUGCAAACCUACUGCAGCUUUGCUGUGAUACUGAUGCUGUGAGGCCAAGGGCCCCCUCAGUGCCUCAGUACAGAGCUGUGUGUUGCCCUCUCUCUUGCCCUGCAGUGCAUCUGAUUGCAGAUAAAGGUUUCUGAAAGGUCAGUGUCUCAGAUGUUUUGCAGGUCUUUUCCAUACCCCUGUCUCCUCCUCAGGAAGCCUGACCUGACCAGCCCUCACCCAGCUUUGGUGUAAGGUAUGGGCUUCCUGUGUUGUCUGGUCCCUGGGGCAGAGGGAGGAAUUCCUACAUUUUAGGAGAGGGGACAGACCAAGUAAACCAGCCAGCCAGGCCAGCUGCCUUCCAUGUCCUGAAAGUGCUGCCAGGAAGUGGAAAUACAAUCCAGUCUGUGACAGGAGGGUGGAAACAGAAGGGUUUUAAAAAGGGGCCCAAAGACUCCCCGUGUCACAGGAGCUGAGUUAUCCCAGUUUGGUCAGCCUGGGGAGCUGCAGAGCAUCCCUGCACUGCAGUCCAGGUCCCAUCAUGGGACAGCUCUGGUGUGGGCUACAGCAGCUGCUGGGUACCUUGUCCACUGCAGGGCUGCAGAGGCAGGCAGUGCUUUGAGGAAGGGGAACCAUGUUUGCUCUGUCCCCUCCUGCAUGUUCUUGCCAUCCCUUGUGGGAACUUGGUAUUGCUUCAUGGCAGCAAUAAAAAGGGUAGUUAAAGAAAGGUGCAAGACAGAAGCAAAAUGCCUUGUUUGGUCGUUACUCUAGUCCACUGAUGGCAGAAAUCUUUCCUCCAACAGCUGCCUCAGCUGGCUAGGCCUGUGACAGCAAACUGGCUGCUGGAGCACAGUGCCAGAGCUGUUCUUCCUCCCAGUGCCAGUGCAGGGCUGUUCCAUGCAGUGGUGUGCACAGGGCUCUGCCAUCAGCUGAGCAGGAUCUGUGUGUGUGGCAGGCCCCCCUUCCAGUGGGAAGGGGGCCAGGAACAGGCUGCAUUUCCCCCAGCACCUGCCCAUCUCCAGCAUCCCUCCAUCUAGCAGGGCCAGGUGGGCAGUGCUGUGUGCAUGGCAAGUGAGAUGCUUCUCAAGGAGCUGCAGACCUGUGCCCUGCCUUCUCUGUCUCCACUCUGUCUUGGCUCCAGACAGGGAGGCACCUGAUUUUCAGCAGGCCCAUUUCAGUACUGGGACAGAGUUAAAACACUUGAAGAACUCAACCUGAUUCCAGGACCAACCCUCUUAUUUGUCCCUCUACUGCAAGCAGCUGCCAUCAGCACUGGUACACUGGUUUACUGCCUGCAGCCAGUGUCCUGGCACAGCUGGGCUCCCACCUCCAGACAGUUCAGUUUUGCACGAAUGCUCAUGUAAUGAGGCUGGCUGUACCUGUUGUGGGAGCAGGCUGAGGCACCAGGGCCAGCCUCAUCCCUGAAGCCAUAAAAUGUGCAGAAUCCCCUGCUUGUUUCCAUUCCUUUUCAAAGUUUUAAACAGAAAAUGAAAUGCCAGACAAAACCCAACCUCUCUUUGGCUGUUAAGCUAUGAAAACAGCUAUUAGUGCUGCUCCUACUGCUGUGGCUGAAAGGUAUUACAAAGACUGACUCUGAAAAACCAACUUAAAACAUAAUGCAGCAAGGCCCCCCCACGCAUGAAAGUGGGUGUUUGCAGCUGCACAAAGCCAUUUCCCAUGUGCUUUAUUUACCAUGUUCAAUUGAGGCUUUUUGGUUUUUUUUUAACACCAUUUAUGCUCUGCUUCCUGCUGCUGUGAGGGUUUAAAAUGCUUCAUCUCUGCAUCCAGGACCUUAAUGGCAUGUAAGUACAAAUAAGAAUUUUUAAACCCUAUUAAAACUGAGCUCUGUGUGUGUCUCCUGCAGUGUUUUAUCUCACUCAGGGCUGUGGGCUGUACCACUCUGUGCAGCACAUGUGCAAGCCCAGCAUGACUCGGCUCUGUCCAAGUUGUUUUCAUCCUGUUUUCCAGUUCAGACAGACCUGUGCUAUCAGAUCACUCUGGACCACUCUAGACCACGUGCCUCAAUAGCAACAGGCUGUGCUCUCCUUUAUUGUUGAAACCUUAUCAGAGGAUUGCAACAUCUAAAGGGCCUGGGGUUUAUUCAGCCCUGGAGAAACCAUGCAAGCAGCUCUCUGGGUUUUCAUGUCAGCACUCAGUUCCAGUCCUGGGAUUCAAGGCUUGUUACUGAGUACAGAAGGACAGGCCCCAAACACAUCACUUCUGUAAAUGGACACAGGUGAGAAACUGAAACAGUCUUAAGCAUUAAAGAACAAGAAUCAUCCAUUAUUGUGACUUCAUGGACACAAUCACUAACAGAUUUAACCUUAGAUGUGUAAAAGCUGUUGCAGCAGGAGUCGCCUGCAUAAACCCCCCUGGGUGGGAUUCAGACAGAAGCAAUAAAGUAAUUUUACUUCCUGGGUGUAAUGUCUCUCCCACAAGACUCCUAACCCAAGAGUCAAUGCAAGUGCAAACUUGCCAUCCUUAAAACAAUUACAAAAUGGCUGCAACCUCUGAACAGAGAACAUCCCAUAAGGUUCCACAGAGCCUAGUACCAUCAAUUAACUAGCACAACUUGGAUGUCACCCCCAAAUCAAUUAGGAAAAAAGCAAAAAUAGUUUGAUUACCCUUUCAAUUCAGCUUACACUCAACUGCAGGAGAUUGGUAUACUACAGCUGUUGUCCUACUGCUUUCAACAGCAUGAAAAGCCAGACUCCACAUCCUGAACUAGCAUUUUCACUGCAGCUGGUGCCUGUCCAGCCUGCAUUUUAGCUACCAGAGCCAUGACUGUUUGUCCAUGCAUACAUUAAACUCUAUGCUGGUUCUUUCCAGAAGCAUGGAUAAGCUACUCUAGCACACACCCAACAGCCCUUGGGACUAUAGCCUUUCAUGGCCAAGCUUGCUCUUGGCAAACCUCUUCUGUGAAAUAACUCUCAGUACAAUAGGUCCUGACAACUCCAUUUUUCUUGUGCUAGUUACCAAAUGGGGUUGCAAGUGGAAACAGGAAGCAGUGUUUGUUCACCUAAACCACAAUUAACCACGCAGAAAAAACGUGGCAGUUCAGCUGAGAUACUUGUUUGGAGUGUCUGACCUAGCCUUAGCUCCUCCUGCUUACCAAGGGCAGUGGCUCAGAAGGGCUGUACCAGCUCCAGCACUGCCCCAGCAGCUGCCAGGUGACACCUGCCCAGUGUUGCUGCAAAGAGAACAGACCUGAGUUCCACCCUGUGGAAAUGGCCUAGCUGCAGCUGCUGAGCCUCCUGACCUGGCACCCCAAGGCAGCAGACUGCCUGCAACCCUUCUGUAAUUGCAACUCAAAGGGAAAAACACCACACAGAAUCUGAUGAAAUAUUUAACAGCUAACAAUGUUAAUUAGAGCCAUGGGACACAGGUCUACCAACAAACAGCCUGCUGGGUCUUCCUCUGAAGCACUGUAACUCAUCUUCCGUGUGCCUAAUCAGGCCAGGCCUGUGGACACAGCAAAUUGAAGGACUGAGAACUAUUUGGUUCCACAAGCUGUUUUACAGACCCAACUCCAGGCAUUUAAAUCCACAUUAUCUCCUCAGCAGCUACCCUUUCUGUAUGUUACCAUCUUAAUCCUUUACUCAGAUGUAUCUACAAACCAAAGAGAUUGUGGAGCAAGAUAAAGGUUUUUACUUAUCUGAAGAGUAUUAAAGCAACAUUCUUCUGAGGAAUUCCAUCACUUCCAGGAAUUUGAGACACAGCUGUCUUAACUGGCUAUUUGAAAGGUGAGAGAGAAGAUACUCCCCACUUUGUCAUCUGCUAAAGAUGCUGCACUGACUUACUGGGAUUUCUAUAGGCUAAGUACUUCCAAUGCAAUAGAGGCAAAGGACAGGAACAUUUCUCUAUCACUGGGAUUUUUUUUAGCCCUCUUGAGCUGCAUUUUCCCUAAACUUACUUCUAAACCCAGUCAUGACAGUCAGCGUGAAGAACUUAACACACCAAGGGGUGUUUAAUGCAGUAGUGGAAAAGUUUUGUAGGAAUGCACAGAUCAAAUGACAAAAUACAGACAGCAGAAGGCAGUUUGAUUAAGAGUCUUCCACAAGAGAGAUUCUUGUGGCGAUGCUACACUCUUCUAGCAA